UUUUUGUACGUCUGAGCUGCGUGUACGUGUGUGAAUAACAUUGUCGACGUCUAGACACCGUACCCAAGCAUUCGGCCUCUUUUAUUUGCUUGAAAAAUCAAGAUGGGGCGCGUGAGGACAAAGACCGUAAAGAAGGCAGCCAGGGUGAUCAUUGAGAAAUACUACACCCGGCUGACCUUGGAUUUCCACACCAACAAACGAGUAUGUGAAGAGAUUGCCAUCAUCCCCAGUAAGAAGCUACGCAAUAAGAUUGCUGGCUUUGUCACCCAUCUGAUGAAGCGCAUCCAGGCUGGCCCUGUCCGUGGCAUCUCUAUCAAGUUGCAGGAGGAGGAGAGAGAGAGGAGAGACAACUACGUCCCUGAGAUCUCAGCCAUUGAGCAAGACAUCAUCGAGGUGGACCCUGACACCAAGGAAAUGCUCAAAGUCCUGGACUUCGGUACCAUACAGAACUUGCAGGUCACUGAGCCCGUUGCACCUGGCUUCCGUGCACCUUCUCAACGAAUCUAAGAAUGCCAGGCCGCCUCCACUAAUCAAGAUGCCACACCCAAUGUGACUAGAAUACAAACGGGCAUCACUUUAAACAGACUCACAAAAAUGGGGAUAAUCCUAGCAAGAAACAAGGGCUGCCAUACCAAUGUGUGAGAGUUGAAUUAAGUUUGGCCCUUCACAGCUACCAUGAGAUAGGUGGUAAAAUAUUUAAACUGUAAACACCAAGGGAACAUGUUUGAUCAAUAAAACAUUGCUCAAAAAAGAA